GAUCUCUUUCAUGGUUUAAAAAUUAUGACUUCUACUCAACCUGAACAUUCUACUCCAACUUCUCCUGUACCAUCUCAAAUUCAACCUGACCUUCCAAUAUUUAAUAAUAUUGACGAUUUCGAACUUCAACAACCUAUUGGUUAUGGUUCUUCUGCUAUUGUAUAUAGUGCUAUUUACAAACCUAUUAAUAAAAGAGUCGCUGUCAAAAUGAUUGAUUUAGAUAUGUUUGAAAGAAAUCAAAUUGAUGAACUUCGGAGAGAAACUGCUUUGAUGGCUUUAUCAAAACAUCCUAAUGUUUUACGCGUUUACGGUUCUUUUGUUCAUGGAUCAAAACUAUAUAUUGUUACCCCUUAUUCUGCUGGAGGUUCAUGUUUAGAUAUUAUGAAAACUGGAUUUCCAAAUGGUUUUGAUGAACUUAGUAUUGCUACUAUAUUGAAACAAGCUUUAGAAGGUAUUGCUUACUUCCAUAAGAAUGGUCAUAUUCAUCGCGAUGUUAAGGCUGGGAAUCUUUUGAUGGAUGAUGAUGGUACUGUCUUACUUGCUGAUUUUGGUGUUUCUAGUUCAUUGAUGGAAACUGGUGAACGUGGGAAACGUAAAACAUUUGUGGGAACACCUUGUUGGAUGGCCCCUGAAGUUAUGGAACAAGCUGGAUACGAUUAUAAGGCUGAUAUUUGGAGUUUCGGUAUUACCUCUAUUGAACUUGCCACAGGUCAUGCUCCUUUUGCUAAACUUCCUCCUCUCAAGGUAUUAAUGAUGACUCUUUCUAAUAUGAUUGACUCUUGCUUAAUCAAGGAUCCAGAAAAAAGACCAACAGCUGAGAAACUUUUACAACAUCCAUUUUUUAAGCAAAGCAAACGUAAAGACUAUCUAGUGAAAUCUAUUUUACAAGACCUGACACCUUUGGAUCAACGCCCUCGAAAAAAGAUUUCUCAACGACAGAUGACCAUCACAAAAACAGACGAAUGGGAUUUUGACAACGACGAUGUCAAUGAUGACCUUCCUGAUACUCAUUCUAUGAUACCAACUUCUGAUGAAACCAACGAUCCACAUCAUCAACAACAGCAACAACAACAACAACAACAACAACAACAACAACAACAACAACAGCAAAGUACGAAACGACACAUUUCAUUUGGUGAUGUCGUUGUAAGGAAUCCACCUCAACCAUCAGCUAUAUCCUCUUCAGCUGCAGCCAUUGCAACUACAACUAUGACUACAAUGACUUCAGUAAAUGCUGCAUCUUCUAAACAACCUAAGAAAUCUCGCUUUGUUAUCGAAGAGACAUCUUACAGUGAUCAUCCUGGUUCAAUGCUUACAAAUACUUCUAUUCGAUCUCUCAGUCCCUCUGCUAUACCUGAUGCUGCUGAUACUAAAGAUGAUCAGAGUGAUGGUGAAAUUACCAAAGUUGGACGUUUCCACAUCAAUCAAACCACAUCAAGGCAAGCAAGUUUUAGUGAUACUGCUAAUAGUAUGACGGAUUCUUUGAAUGAUGAAAGGAAUAAUCAAGACAAUCCAAGUGAUCGUAAAUCAAGAUUUGAAGUACUUAGUCAUUCCCCUCAAUCAUCUACUAGUAUUAUGCUUUAUCAAGGAGUACCACUUUCUCGCGAAAAUUCAAAUUAUGGAUCUCAUGUACCACCACCAUCGACUCUCUCUAGGGAAGGAUCUGCGCGAACAAGAUCACCUUUAGCUGAAAGAGAAUUGGAUAAUCAAUCAACAGGAGAAUCAAGAAAAAUUGGACGAUUUGAACUCACCACAGCUGGAAGUGUCACUGACCCAGGUCGAUUUGCACCUCUGGAUAAGAACGAAGAGGAAUAGGACAUCAUGCAUAUGAUUCAUCUCAUUCCAUGUCAGCCUCUUCAUCUACAACUUCACCAUCGUCGUCAUUAUUGCGAGGUCAAGGUCUUCGUACUCAUGGUAGCACUACUUCCGAUUCAUCUACAACACUAUUGGCUCAAUUCGAAGAAC